AUGCCGGUAACCUUCGGCUCUGUUGGUGAUAUCAUCUCUGUCUGUCUCUUGGUGAAGGACCUGGUUGAUGCCCUCGACAAGGCGCGUGGAUCCAAGGCUGAGUAUCAAUCACUAAUCAGAGAGCUUUGGAUUCUGGAUCGUAGCCUCCUAGAAAUCGAUCUGCUCGCAAGGACCCAUGGAGGUGGCGCGACGCCUGAACUGGAAGCGUUGUGUGAGACGGCAAAGAAAGCCGUAGACCGAUGCAGGAAUCUUCUGGAUGAAUCAAACGCCAGAAAGCAGGACGCUAUUCUGAAAUCCAUCAACGACCGUCUGGACGACACCAAUCGCUUAAUCGCUUGCGGUAGUUUGGUCACUGCCAACAUUGCGGAAGCUCUCCGACUCGAUUGGCUUCGACAACUGGGCACGGAGCUUAAAGUCUUUAUGCGUCGUAUCAUAGCAAUGAACAUCGCUACGUAUCAUGCGGUCAUCAGUAUUCAGGCUGCUUUGCCUAGUCGACUUGAAAGAAGUCUUAUCGAGGAGCCUUUCGUGCUAGAGGAUGCAAUUGGUCGAAUCGCCCCUGUACAUUUACAGUUUGUUACUUCUUGGGAUGCAUUCAAUGCUGUCCUUGAGAUCCGCUUCCGGGAUAUGCAAGGUUCCAAAAAGGUCAAGCAAAAGCAAUAUGGCUUACAAGACAGGGCAACCAAAAGAGACAUCCAUCAAAGCCAAUCUUGGGAGAGAGCAUUUCUCCCCGGCCAACGAAUCGAGAUGAGCUUCCUCUUCGACACCCAGGAGAGCGAAAACAGUCAAGGUAUCGUCACGUGUCCUGGAUGCCAAACGCUGUCUACUAGUCCCACCCAUGUCGAGAUUCAAUGUGAGAAUUGUAGAAUGUGGUUUCGACGAUUCACCAUCUUGCAAGACGUGGAUCCUCCACCUCAAGUUCCGGUUCCCUCACCUUGGCGAUCAGGAUCAAAAUUUGGGAAAUCUGGUUUCACUGGAAUGAUUUCUGGCCCAGUAAGAUCCGGCAAGAGACGCGUCGCACCAGCUGAUGUUGACGGUGAAGACGACUUCAGAGAGUUCAAACGAAGCGGUAGUACAGAGAGUAAUCAUGUCAACAGAAUGGACAUUGACCAAGUGGCCCCUAAAAAAGAGAAGUAUUGGGACCCAAAGUGGUUCCCUCGGCAGAAGUCUGCAAUCGGAUCUGAACAGCCUCGAAUAUCUUUCUUUGGUGAUAAACCGGUGGAUGAGGAUUCCCCAGGGGUAGGACCAGAAUGCCUGUCUUGGCGACGAGACGCCAUCGAAAUCAUUCCCGACCGGGUACUCAUUGAGUGUCCCUGUCUCACUGCACCAAAACUUCAAGUGUAUUCCCAGCUAUUUCACCAUCUCGACCCCGCUAUUCUCACUGUCGAGGAGAUUCAUUCAGCGAAGGAAUCUCUAGCUAUUACAGUAUGGUCUCGUGCGCAGGUCGAUCCAUCGUCUACAGGAGAUAGUCUAUGGUCUCGGACGGCCCAUCCUGAUGAUUUUAUCUGGCCUUUGUGUGCGCUGAGCGUAUAUGUCUCAACGAAGAAAUUACUGGGUAUCGACAAGAUAGACGGGAAUCUGGUCGCUCCCUCAAGAGUCCUACGAGGCACGUGGUUCCAAUUGCCGAACACCGACACAGAGUUCUAUGGUGCCUCCAUCGGCCGUUGGAUAUUCGAUUGGACUUGUCAUUACUUCAACGAGGAAGCACUGUUGCGUGCAGCUUUGAAAUUCUGGAAUACCAUCUACACAACGGAGAAGAACAUGCUCACGUUAGUCCAUUCGCGAAAUGAACGUAGGCGUUUUUUGGAGAAAGCGGAUCUAAACUUUAGCCAUUCCAUCGUCUGUUAUCGUUGUUUUUGGUGGCAAUUACACGAAAUUAUGACAACGAUUCGAACGCCGAAUGGAGAGGACUUCAAUGGCAUUACUUCACUGGUCGUCGAGGAUUACGCGAAGGCGUUUCUGAAGCGUUUCUUCUUCCCCACGCCUGGGGAUGUGGGUGGGAGUUACAAGGACAAUGUAGCAUUACUAGAGCGUUGCUCGAUGUACUUCGCAACAGAACUGGCGGAGCUCAUGCAUGGAGAGGAGAAGGAAGCGAGGUAG